UGCACCAGUGCUUGUUAGCAACUAUCAAGAAAAUGGUCGCAGGUGCGCCAAGGAAGAUCAGCAAGACCGCAAAGGUCCCGAGGAGACCUUUCGAGGCACCUCGCCUGGAUGCAGAACUCAAGAUUGCGGGCGAGUACGGACUGAAGAACAAGCGAGAGAUCUGGAGGAUCGCAUUGACGCUCUCAAAGAUUCGACGUGCCGCUCGUGAACUGCUCAAGCUCGACGACAAGGAUCCCAAGCGACUCUUCGAAGGCAAUGCGCUCAUCAGACGUCUCGUACGAAUUGGCGUGCUUGACGAAACCCGCAUGCGUCUCGAUUACGUGCUCGCCCUCAAGAUCGAGGACUUCAUGGAGCGACGUCUGCAAACCCAGGUCUUCAAGUCUGGUCUCGCCAAAUCCAUCCACCACGCUCGUGUGCUCAUCCGUCAACGACACAUCCGCGUAGGCAAGCAGAUCGUCAAUGUCCCCAGCUUCGUCGUCCGUCUCGACAGCCAGAAGCACAUCGACUUCAGCUUGACCUCGCCCUAUGGCGGUGCUCGCGCCGGUCGCGUCAAGAGAAAGCGUGCAAAGGCUGCCGCUGCAAAGGAGGCAGGCGGUGAUGGUGCUGCCGAUGAGGAUGACGAGUAGUCGCCCUCCUUACUGUACUUCGACGCAUGCAGCUCUUGUGACUUUUCCGUCCCGUCUGUCAAUCAUUGACACUUGCAAUAUUGAACAGCGCGUUGAAUCUACAUCAACACAUAAUACAAAUAUAGAGCCGGCCUGUGUACAUUCUCUGCAAGUCAGGAUGGCAUGCCAAGCGACGUCGAGGACGUGCCAGAGCUCGAACUCGCCAUCCGAGCCUGAGUCUGUCCAUCAUGACAUUCAUCGACCUCGGAUCACAGACGGCUUUGC